UUAAAGGUUAAUCAUGAUAAACAAGAAAUGGAACUAUCAAAGGAAGCGAAAGUUGAAAAAGCAACCGGUGGUCGAACAAUUUGGCGGAAUAUAAUUUGGCUUAUAAUACUUUUUGCAUAUUCCUUCAUUGGUGGCAUUAUUUUUAGCGCUAUUGAAGGUAGCAAUGAUAAAAAUGAAAUUCUGAUGAAGUACAGGCAUGAUAUGGAUUUGUAUGAAAAACACAAAAUGUAUCAAAUAAAAAUUUUCAAGAAAUUAUGGGAAAUUGAUAGAAAUGAAUUAUUAUCUGCGCAAAAUCAAAGUAUUAGCACAUUGGAGGCGGAAAAUUACAAAAUUAAACUUGCUCGUGAUGAAUUCAAUUGGUAUGAACAUAAAUUAGGAAUUGAAAUUAAACAACCAGUAAUGGAAGAUACGAAAUGGAAUAUUUGGGGUGGUGUUUAUUAUUCGGCCAGUUUGUAUACUACUAUUGGUUAUGGAAAUUUUCAUCCUGUAACACCCGCAGGUCGGAUAAUAUCGAUGAUUUAUGCAUUUUGUGGUAUACCAUUAGUUUUUACAAUCCUUUUGGAAUGGGGUUUUUUGUAUUAUACCUGGUUGGAUAUGUUUUGGAAAUGGUUUAAUGUAAAAUUAUGUUCAAAUGCAAUGAAGAAACAUCACAAAAAACGUCUUGAAAAAGAAAAAAGUCGUCGUGCCGGAAGUGAUUUAUCACUUAGAUUAACAUCACUUGGAUCAUUAACUCAAUUACCACAUACCCAUGAUGAUUUACAUCAAACUGAUCAUCAGAUGGAAAGUGGUAAAAAAAUAACACAAUUACCAAUUAAGCUUAGCGAAGUGGAAAAACAACGACUUGGUGAUGUUGUUACAGAAACACCAAACUAUAUUAUUUUCAACUUGGCUCUUACAAUGAUAGGUCUUUCUGUCGUUGGCUUAUGCGUUGCCAUUGUACAGGCAAAAAUUCGUUUAAUCUUUGAUCGGAUGAUUCGUUCAAUCGAUAGCCAAUAUCGAAUAAGACAGAUCGAUCCAGAUGUCGCCACAAUGACUGUAAUACCGGAUGAGAAAGAAGGCGUUAAAAGGCUCUGCGAAGCACAACCAAUACAAGAUCGUAUCAUUUACAUAGCAAUGGAUGAGCAUAAAAAGCAACUUCUUGAAGAUAGAUGGCGACAAAGAAGUUCUAUGGUAAACAGGAUAAUUCAAACAAGGCCAAAUCGUGCUGACAAAUGUAUCCAAACUGGCCAGAGAGUUGAUGAACAACCACCAAUACGACUGGAAAAACAAGACGAAUGGGAAAGUGGAAGCAGUACGUUAUCGGAGGAGGAUGUUAUUGAUUACGAUCCCAUCACUGGAAAACAAAUUGUACCACCGAACUCACGUCGAUAUAUUUAUACGGUUUUUGACUGA